GACUCUCUUUCAGCGACGGCGAGCCAUGCGACGAAGACUGAAUGGGCGAGAUGUCGAGCAGGAAGGUUUGCUGUCCAAACAUAUCGAGUAGAUGCUUCGAUGAAGGUAAUCACGUACAGCUCUUCUUUAGGUCCUGCUUCAGGUAAGUUAAGAAUAUCGCUGUAGACCUUCUGCAUCAGUUUGUAACGAGUGGAGCCAGGAAAAUGACUCGAAAACGGGUCGUGGGUAAGAUUGGUGACCGGACACGUGGUGCAGACCGUUGGGCGAGACUGCGGUUUCAUCUCCGUGCCGUCAGAUAAAAGUCGGCGUUAGUAUAAAAUGAAGAAAUGAUGAAAGGAGAAAGAGCUGGAGACAUGUCAAUCUCCCCUUCGACGAAACGGUUUGAUGGCAGAUGGUCCUGCGACAGCUACUGGAAGACUCGGCUGCUCGGCGACUUCUUCUUUCACGGCUUCCUCGACGACUUCGGGUUCAUCAGCUGCAAGUCCACUGAUUUCUCCCCAAAGUGGAGCUGGAGUUCCUUGGAAGGCUGCACGGGUGUUAUAGAAGGUUCGCCAAGCAUUGGCGCCUUCAUCGGCGGUAUUAAACUCCCAAGUAUCCAGUGCGGGACCGAGACCAAGGACGCGUUCAGAAUCACCAGAGGUGCCCUGUGCUGUGAACUGAAGAACUGAUACUCCAUGUUGAGUAGCAGCGCGACCGAGGAGUUGAGCUGUGGAGAGAAGAUUGAAACCAAGGCUGGCGACGAUAGGAACAUUGGUAACGUAUGCAAAGACCGGAGGACGAUGCUGUGAUGGCGGUGUACUCUGCGGCAUCUGCUGCGUCUGGGACGUCGACUGCUGCAUUUGCUGAUGUGGCUUCGGUAACUGCUGCGAACGAUGAUAUGGUUGCGAAGUGCUGCGACGGUUUUGACAACGACUGCGACAAGUUUGGUCAAGAUCUUGCUGUUCCGCUUGAAGAUACGACGAAAUUUCGGUUUCUGAGAGGUUCGGAUUCAUGCGCAAGAAGGCGCGCGUCUGUCGCCACUCGGGACCAAGUCCAGCAAGAAGGACCAUGAGAUACAUCUCACGAGGGAAGUAUCCUCCACUCUUCUCCAGUUGAUCUUGUAGUGUGCGAACACGAUUGACGUAAUCCAUGACAUUCUCGUUUGUCAUCAUCUGCACACUUGUCAGCUGCGAAAGAAUCUUACUUGCUGUUAUUGUGUCUUUUGCCAUGUACACCCCCUUUAAGUGGUUCCAUGCAGUUUCAGCUGGCGUGAAGCUUGAAUGAAAAGAUCGAACGCCAAGCUGCUCCUUUGGCGACAGGUUCCGAACUAGAACCGUAUACGCCCCGAGAGAGGCGUGCAGGAAACUCUGUUGCUCCAGUUGUGUUCCCAUGACAGGAUACGUAAACUCGCCGGUGAAGAACGGCCAUAGCCCAGCGAACUGCGCCAGAAGCUCAAACUCGAAGCUCCAGGAGUAAAAUUCAACUCCGUUA